CACCUUCAGUAGGGUCAAAUUUCUUGCGCAAAUGAGAGCAAUCCCACGAAAAAGAAGUGCUCUCCAGAUUGUCAAAACCUGUCUGGAUUAUACUACUUCACUUUACACGUAAUUUUUCUAGCCUUAUCAGAAUGACAACGACGGUUAUUCAACAAACUUGACACUUUUUUUUUUUAGGAGAAACGUUUGUAAACGUGUGUUGCUUGCUUGUCUUAUGUGUUUGUAUUUGUUAUAGUGAAGGUAUUCCUAUGUCGAUUUGGAGCAUCGUUCGCUAAUGUCACUUUCCCCUGAUCACUAUAGCUUUGGUCAGUGACGAGUGUUACCAACCUCAAGACUCCAAAAGACCUGCUGGGACCUGAGGAGAUUUUGUUUUUGAUCUAUUUUCCAAAAUGAACCUUAUUGGGAGCUACCAGCAUCAUCAUCUGAUGCACGAGACCUUUCCAUUCGUCCAGAGGUGUCAUCAAGAUAACCCGUACUUCCAAAGCUGGGUGGUGAACCACGGCGAAGUCCCUCCUGAUUUCCAGAUCCAGUCGCCGUACUCCACGGAGUUUGGGGCUCAYGGUCCGUCUCACGACAGCCAGCUGGACGCUCCCUCAGCGCGCACUGGGAAGAGGAGAGCCUCGGGGCCGAAGAAGGAGCGGAGGAGGACCGAGAGCAUCAACACUGCGUUCGCCGAACUGAGAGAAUGUAUACCAAACGUACCGGCAGACACGAAACUGUCUAAAAUUAAAACGUUACGACUAGCAACAAGUUACAUUGCCUACCUAAUGGACGUGCUGGCUAAAGACACUGGAGAGACCGAGGGAUUCAAUGCCGAAAUCAAGAAAUAUGAUAACAGAGAUUUGAAACGGAAACGGGAAACGAACGAGGACCUGCAAGAGUCAUUAGGAAACGAGAAAAAGUUCAAAGGGCGGACAGGUUGGCCUCAGCAAGUCUGGGCUUUGGAAUUGAACCAGUGACUGUUCUGACCUCACUGAGCAGAGCAGCAGCAGAAACCCACGCAGACUCCGUAUUCAAGCACUUCGCUGCAAGGAAUACAACCACUUAAUAUACACAUCUAUAGGCCUUCUACGUGCAAUGUUCAAAUUCAAACACGGUAGACUUUGGUGAAAUGCAAUAUUAUGCAAAUMAUUCAAAAAAAUGCCUGGAUACCUUUUCUUUGUCAUUUGUAUUCUUUGAUAGAAUAUAACUGAAAGUUAGGCUAUAUAGCUUAGAAUAAAUAUGUUUGGUUGUGGAUAGGCCACAAUACUGAACGGAGAGACUGA